CGAAUUAUUUCAAACGCAAUAAAUCCGAAAAAGCGAAUGCAAUGAAGAGUUUGCAUUUUGGCGUUUACUCUUCUUGUUUGCAAUGCUGAAGUCUACACACACAGCUAGCUACAGGUCCUGAGGUAGUGUUUGCUCAGUCAUUCCAUGCUGCUUGAGAUUGUACUGGUAAGAACUUUUUACCUGAAGGAGUAUGGAGGGUCAGGAACCCCAGGCAAAGCGUCAAAAUUUCAGUGGUGAACACUUGGCAAGUUAUUCGAAUCGUGAUGGAGAGGCAGAUGAAAAGCACUAUUUCAAAACGUACAGUGAUCUAUACGUUCACGAGGAGAUGCUGCGGGACUUCGAGCGAACGUCAAAGUACCGCAGUGCCAUAAUGGAAAACAGUCAUCUACUCAAUGGCAAAGUAGUAGCUGAUAUUGGUGCUGGCACUGGUAUUUUGAGUUGCUUUUGUGCUCAAGCAGGAGCUAAGAAGGUCUAUGCCAUCGAAGGCAGUGAUGCAGCAGAGCAUGCACGGCGUGUAGUUCAAAGUAAUAAUUUGGAAGACUGCAUUACGGUCAUUCACGGUAUGGUUGAAGAGUGCCAGUUGCCGGAAAAGGUUGAUGUGAUCGUUAGUGAAUGGAUGGGCUACUUUUUGAUGUACGAGUCAAUGUUGAGUAGUGUACUGUAUGCCAGAGAGCAAUGGCUGAAACCUGAUGGCGUGAUGCUGCCCUCCCAUGCAUCCAUAUUUGUCGCACCUGUCCGAGCAGACAACUUCUGGGAGGACCGUGUAAACUGCUGGUCUCGCAUGAAGGAUGCAUACGGCGUGGACAUGAGCUGUUUAACUGAUGUUGUCAUGCGUACAACAUUGCGAUCAGUGCAGGUUGUUCAGUUAGAUGGCGAAGAUAUCAUCGGCGAUAGCACGUGUGUGCUGUCGUUGGAUCUGAAAAGCACAACUCAGUCCGACUUGGAGAAACUAGUGGGCACGUUCAAAUGCCAAUGCCAUUGCAGUGCGCCGCUGCAUGGCCUCGGUGUCUGGUUUGUAGUCACCUUUCCUGGUAAACCACCCGUUCUUCUCUCUACCUCGCCGUAUGCUGUAUCGACGCACUGGAGACAGUGCGUUCUGUUUCUCAACGCCCCUACCAACGUUGUCCAGGAUGACAUUGUUGAAGGUUCUCUCACUCUAUCACCAUGUGAUCACACCACCACAUUGUGCUCUUGGCCGAUCCAAACUCUGCACUCACAUCACCAUCACCACAGCGGGGACAAUUCCAGUAUAUAGAUUGAUAUUGACACAUGUGCUACAUGUUCCUGUCCCAGCCAUGAGCGCGUGUCGUUAUCACCUGACCUUGUUUUCACUUUUGUCACUUUUGUCACUUAGGGUAUGCCACGUUUCUAUGGAGAAUGAGCGCAAUUGCGCGCCAAUUUAGCCCAAUAAAGAUCAGUCUAUUCUUGUUAUUCUUUCAUUCAACAUCAUAUGCCUCCACUGAUGCGCUCAGGAGGAGCGAAACAGCUGUCUGGAGGGUCAUUGUCAAUAUCAAUCUAUAUACCGGAAUUGUCCUCGCUGUGGUGAUGGUGAUGUGAGUGCAGAGUUUGGAUCGGCCAAGAGCGCAAUGUGGUGGUGUGGUGUAUUGGAUUCCAUAAUGGCCGGGUCGUCGCUACUUCUUCUGUUGUUGUUGUUGUUGUUGUUG